GGAGUACCCAUGACGUCAUGCAGAAGCUUGGCUCCCGUGAGGUACAAAAUGAGUAGCUCUGGCGGAGCCUCGGUCAUUCUGAGACGAGCUCACGUCGAGAAGGAGUACUUUGUUAGUGUGACGUUUGUUGGAAGGGAACUACUGUUUAACCGUAGCUAAUCAUGUGUGACGACGAGGUUGCCGCUCUUGUUGUUGACAAUGGUUCCGGAAUGUGCAAAGCCGGAUUCGCCGGAGAUGACGCCCCUCGUGCUGUGUUCCCUUCCAUCGUGGGACGUCCACGCCACCAGGGUGUGAUGGUUGGUAUGGGACAGAAGGACAGCUAUGUCGGUGAUGAGGCCCAAAGUAAAAGAGGUAUCCUAACCCUGAAGUAUCCCAUAGAACAUGGUAUCGUCACUAACUGGGAUGAUAUGGAGAAGAUCUGGCACCACACCUUCUACAAUGAACUUCGUGUGGCCCCUGAGGAGCACCCUGUUCUCCUGACAGAAGCACCCCUUAACCCUAAAGCCAACAGGGAGAAGAUGACCCAAAUCAUGUUUGAGACCUUCAACACCCCAGCUAUGUAUGUAGCUAUCCAAGCUGUCCUGUCCCUCUACGCUUCCGGUCGUACCACCGGUAUUGUGUUGGACAGUGGAGAUGGUGUUUCUCACACAGUGCCCAUCUAUGAAGGUUACGCUCUUCCCCAUGCCAUCCUCCGAUUGGACUUGGCCGGUCGUGACCUUACUGACUACCUGAUGAAAAUUUUGACCGAACGUGGCUACAGCUUCACCACCACGGCUGAGCGGGAAAUCGUUCGUGACAUCAAGGAAAAGCUCUGCUACGUCGCCCUGGACUUCGACCAGGAAAUGGCCACUGCUGCUUCCUCCUCCUCCCUUGAGAAGUCCUACGAGUUGCCUGACGGCCAGGUUAUCACCAUUGGUAACGAGAGGUUCCGCUGCCCCGAAGCCCUCUUCCAGCCUUCCUUCUUGGGUAUGGAGUCUUCUGGUAUCCACGAGACCACCUACAAUUCCAUCAUGAAGUGCGACAUUGACAUCCGUAAGGAUCUGUACGCCAACACCGUUCUGUCUGGUGGCACCACCAUGUACCCAGGUAUCGCCGACAGGAUGCAGAAGGAGAUCACUGCUCUCGCUCCUAGCACUAUGAAGAUCAAGAUCAUUGCUCCCCCCGAGAGGAAGUACUCCGUCUGGAUCGGCGGAUCCAUCUUGGCUUCUCUGUCCACCUUCCAGCAGAUGUGGAUCUCCAAACAAGAGUACGACGAGUCUGGCCCCAGCAUUGUCCACCGCAAGUGCUUCUAAAGAGUGGGGGUUUAUUUAGUCACGUGAUUCUCGCUUCUCUUGUAUUAAUCUUGACGUCCCCUCAGCUUUCGUUUGGAUACACUCCCCCAAAUGAUCCGGGCUGGUAUAGAAACCCUGGAUCAGGGACUCUUACCGUCAACCAGAGACUCGGGAAUUACACCAACUGUAGGCCAAAGAUUCAACUUCUCAUAACUACCCACUGGUCAUUUAGCCCAGCAAAUAUAUUUAUUAAACAUCCGAAUCUCGAUCACUUAAGACUGCUUUUUUUUUCUCUGUAAAAAUAAAGUUUAAUAAAAAUUUGGGGAAGAAAAUUA